AUGACGGUGAUGACACAACGUGAUAGAGAACAGGAGAAACUGGAAAGGGAAGCUUAUAAAUUACAAGAACAACGUGAUAGAGAACAGGAGAAACUGGAAAGGGAAGCUUAUAAAUUACAAGAACAACGUGAUAGAGAACAGGAGAAACUGGAAAGGGAAGCUUAUAAAUUACAAGAACAACGUGAUAGAGAACAGGAGAAACUGGAAAGGGAAGCUUAUAAAUUACAAGAACAACGUGAUAGAGAACAGGAGAAACUGGAAAGGGAAGCUUAUAAAUUACAAGAACAACGUGAUAGAGAACAGAAGAAACUGGAAAGGGAAGCUUAUAAAUUACAAGAACAACGUGAUAGAGAACAGGAGAAACUGGAAAGGGAAGCUUAUAAAUUACAAGAACAACGUGAUAGAGAACAGGAGAAACUGGAAAGGGAAGCUUAUAAAUUACAAGAACAACGUGAUAGAGAACAGGAGAAACUGGAAAGGGAAGCUUAUAAAUUACAAGAACAACGUGAUAGAGAACAGGAGAAACUGGAAAGGGAAGCUUAUAAAUUACAAGAACAACGUGAUAGAGAACAGGAGAAACUGGAAAGGGAAGCUUAUAAAUUACAAGAACAACGUGAUAGAGAACAGGAGAAACUGGAAAGGGAAGCUUAUAAAUUACAAGAACAACGUGAUAGAGAACAGGAGAAACUGGAAAGGGAAGCUUAUAAAUUACAAGAACAACGUGAUAGAGAACAGGAGAAACUGGAAAGGGAAGCUUAUAAAUUACAAGAACAACGUGAUAGAGAACAGGAGAAACUGGAAAGGGAAGCUUAUAAAUUACAAGAACAACGUGAUAGAGAACAGGAGAAACUGGAAAGGGAAGCUUAUAAAUUACAAGAACAACGUGAUAGAGAACAGGAGAAACUGGAAAGGGAAGCUUAUAAAUUACAAGAACAACGUGAUAGAGAACAGGAGAAACUGGAAAGGGAAGCUUAUAAAUUACAAAAACAACGUGAUAGAGAACAGGAGAAACGGGAAAGGGAAGCUUAUAAAUUACAAAAACAACGAGAUAGACAAGAAAGGGAACAGAAAGAAAGGGAAAAGGAACCGAAAAUGGUUUGA